GGACUCCCACGAGGGGUCGCAUGCAAAAGAUUUGCGAAAGGGUUUAUUGUUUCUUUGCUUUUCGGGAGCUGAAUUUGUUUGCGAUCCGGUCAGUUCUACAAUCAAAUAACGAGACGGAAAAAUGGCUGGUGGCAAGGCAGGAAAAGACAGCGGGAAAGCCAAGGCGAAGGCGGUGUCGCGCUCCCAGAGGGCCGGGCUGCAGUUCCCGGUGGGUCGUAUCCACAGACACUUGAAGACUCGUACCACCAGCCACGGUCGCGUCGGAGCGACGGCAGCGGUUUACAGCGCUGCCAUCCUCGAGUACCUCACCGCCGAAGUACUAGAGUUGGCAGGAAACGCCUCCAAAGACUUGAAGGUGAAGCGUAUCACUCCCCGUCACUUGCAGCUGGCAAUCCGUGGUGAUGAGGAGUUGGAUUCUCUCAUUAAGGCAACGAUUGCCGGCGGAGGUGUCAUCCCCCACAUCCACAAAUCCCUCAUCGGGAAGAAGGGCCAGCAGAAAACUGCAUAAACGCCACGUUGACCACAGAUUUUGGGGCUUGGGCUUUGUUCGGACCAGGAGUUCACAUUUGUUCUUUUCUAUUAUUAAUGUUAUAGCAAACGAAGAGUGAUUGUUAGCCUUUGUGUUGUUAUAUUUUUCCCGUAAUUAGAGGAAAGUACAGCUAAUCCCUUAACAGCAGAAAAACCCUUUUUUAUGUCCUUGUAGAGCGUUUGACUGAGGAGCUCAUUAUUACUGAAAUGAUCAGUGAAUUUGUUUGAUUGGCUUGGGAAUAUGUGAUGUUUUAUACUGAAAAAAAUGUUAAAAAACCAUUUUUAUAUUAAAAAAUGUCUUGUUUGUGGUUAUUUUUCCUGAAGUUACAAUAUUUACUAUAAUGAGUUUUUAAUGAGAGGGUGGGUUUUUAGACAGUUGGGUCAAAGCAGCUAAAUGUGAGAUCGUGUUACUGUAAGAUUUCUGAACUGCACACGGACAGCGGUGGAAAACAGGUGGAGUGAUUUUUUUUUACAAACAAAAUAUCAACGAACGUACUGUAUUUUCGAUCUGCUACAGUGUUGUGUGUGAAUGUUUACAGCGUUUGUUAUUAUUUUUUUAAAACAAAAUUGUUGAAACUUGAAAUUGCGCGUUGACAGCUGUGAUCCUCGGCUGCUGAGACGUUGAUCUCGCAGUAUUUUUUCCUCACUGUGCAACGACUGUCCUGCCUUUUUGUUUCAACGUGACCAAGGGGUGCAGCCAAAUUUAGACGGAUCUGGAUCACAUUCGAACAGUAAAAAAAAAAGACAAAACUUGCAAUAUCUAAAUGUAUCGGCAGGCUGAGCUGUCCUUUACUUGUCCUUCACAUUUUUUUAACAAGUUGGUGCAUUUUUCUAAAAGUUACGUGUUCAGGGUAAUGACUGCAUAUUUUAUCUUUUAAUAAAUACCCUUGACUUGUCUUUG